GCCGGCACCUUCCCGAUGGAGCAGCGGCCGUAGCGCGGCCCGCGGGGACCAUGAAUGGGCUCUCCCGGCACGCCGGGGCCCGCGCGGCGCACAGCCCGGAGCGCAGAGCCGUGCGGGACCUGCAGGCCAAAAAGGGCGGGCAGGCGGCGCGGCAGGGCGCUGGCGACAGCGGGGAGCUGCCCCCUGAGGACCCCCCGAGCCCGGGCGCCUCCGCGUGCGGAGCCUUGACGCUCCCAGGUGGAGAGGCCAAAGGCACCGCGAGCAUCAAAUCCAUGACCCCGAGGCCUCCGCGGAAGCCGCGGCUGGAGCGCGCGGCCUCCCUGGACGAGAAGAGCUGGAGGAGGUGGAGGCGGUUAAAGACGAGCCAGGAGAGCCUGAGCGACGCCAACGAGACGAGCUCCUCGAACGGCUCCCUGCAGGACGCGGCGGCGGGCGCCCGCGCGGCCCCCUGGGCGCAGAGCCCCUCGCCGGGCGCCCGCGAGGCGAGCGGCGGCGGCCGGAGCAGGGGCAGCGCCGCCGAGCUGGGCAAGCGGGUGUGCGAGCUCUCGAGCAGCUUCGGGGAGCUGCUGCGGGGCAGGGCGCUCUCGGGCAGCAAGCCCCGGCUGGGCCAAAUAACGCCCAGCCGGCCCCUGCCGCCCGUGGAGCUGGACGCGGCCUCGGCCGCGCUGAGGACGGCUAAUAGGAUUGACUCGGACUGCGCGGAUUACCGGCGUUGCUGGCAGCGCGGGCCGGGCAGGGUGAGCGGCAGCUCGAGCGACAGCCGGCUGCACGGCGGCGGCGGCGGCAUGGUGUGCGGCAGCCGCUCCGCCGACUCCAUGAAGUCUGCGUUCAGCCUCCUCGCGCCCAUCCGUGCCAAGGACGUUCGCAGCAGAAGCUACUUGGAAGGCAGCCUCCUGGCCAGUGGUGCCUUACUGGGAGCAGAGGAACUCAGCCGCUAUUUCCCUGAUCGGAAUGUUGGAAUCUUCGUGGCUACCUGGAACAUGCAGGGUCAGAAGGAACUUCCAGUGAACCUGGAUGACUUCUUGUUACCAACGGAUCCUGACUAUGCCCAGGAUAUGUAUGUCAUUGGAGUUCAAGAAGGCUGUCCAGACAGAAGAGAGUGGGAGAUCCGCCUGCAGGAGACGCUGGGCCCGCACUACGUCAUGCUCUGCUCCGCCGCGCACGGAGUGCUCUACAUGUCRGUCUUCAUCCGGAGGGACCUCAUCUGGUUUUGCUCAGAGGUGGAAUAUGCCACAGUGACCACUCGAAUAGUGUCUCAGAUCAAAACCAAGGGAGCGCUGGGGAUCUGCUUCACGUUUUUUGGGACCUCCUUUCUCUUCAUUACCUCCCACUUCACAUCUGGGGACAGUAAAGUGAAUGAGAGGAAGAUGGACUACAGUAAAACCAUUCAAGCACUUGCACUUCCCAAGAAUGUUCCGGACACAAAUCCGUAUCGAUCCAGUUCUAGCGAUGUCACCACUCGGUUUGAUGAAGUGUUCUGGUUUGGUGAUUUCAACUUCCGACUAAAUAAGGACCGUGAGGCUGUGGAUUCCAUCUUGAAGCAGAACCUGGAAAAGGACAUGUCCAAACUACUGGAGUAUGACCAGCUUAUUAGUGAAAUGAGUAGGGGGUCUAUUUUCAAAGGAUUCCAAGAAGCUGACAUUCAUUUCCGUCCUUCCUACAAGUUUGACAUAGGAAAGGACAGCUACGACACCACUUCCAAACAAAGGACUCCUUCUUACACGGAUCGAGUCGUGUACCGGAGCCGGCACAAAGAUGACAUCCAUGCUGUCAAGUACUCAUCCUGUCCUGGGAUCAAAACUUCGGACCACCGGCCUGUAUUUGCCCUGUUCCGUGUGAAAGUGAGGCCUGGCAGAGACAACAUUCCCCUUGCUGCGGGGCAGUUUGACAGAGAGCUCUAUUUAAUCGGAAUAAAGAGACGGAUUACAAGGGAACUGAAGAAACGGCAAGAGCAAAAGGACCAAAGAUCCAGCAGCGUGUGUAGCAUUUCCUGAGCCGAGGCCUCUGCAACGCUUGGGUUAGAGGGGCCUUAAAGAGGAUUUCAGGCCACGACAGAGUCUGCGGGGAGUUGCUGUCUGGUUAAGCACCUCUGGCAGUUGCUGUGGCUUGGGAAGAAUGUCCUAAACCUCACCCUGGAUUCACCUGCAUGAGCUAAUCCACGCAGCUCAAGCGCUUUUGCUGAAGAAAAGGGAGGCAGUUAUUUAGGACAAGCAUACAAACGGACUCGGUUGGUUUGUUUUUAACCCUCCUUUCUCUGGAAGCAGCUCCACGCAGUCCCAUUGUGGUAAGAGGACUGUGCACAGGGUGUGCAGCCCCUGGAAUUGACAGUGCUGGCGGCAGAUGACGUAAAAUCCUGCAGCAAGGUGAAAACGUGGGUUUGUCCCAUUUGGUCUGCUUUGUGUUCUCUUCCUUCUCUGCAGCCAAAUGGAUGGAAUUCUGUAAAAUGUUCAACGGGGACCAGUUAGGGAAGUUGAGCAGCUUUGUCUGAGAACAGUGUUCCCGGGUUGGGCUUUUGGGCCCUCUUGAGCAAGACCUCUGCGAAUGCGCUCCUGUAUGGUCCAAGGGUGCAAGCACUGCCUUCCAUUCAUUAGCUUAUAGGCCUCCUGUGCUAAGGGGGUAAAUAUGAAUUUCUCAAACUAGUAAAUUCUUUCAUUUUUGAGACUUUUGGAAACAAUCCCUUCCUCCAAUAUUUGUCCUCCCUAAAGGUGAGAAAAUUCUGCUUGGCCUUCAGCAGCAGAACACUGUUGUGGAGAACAGUGUGCUAAAUACAGCUAUUAAGUGAUGCUCCACCAAAGUCGUUAGGAUAUUGACUACUAAGGAAGUAUCCAAAGAAACUGCAGCAAUCCAGAUCAGCUUAAUUCCAUUCCCUCUGUUUCUAUGAGCUAAGCCCCAUUUGGGUUUAUCUUCCAAAUUCAGUAAACUGUGAA